AUGGACAAGUUGUACACCACACUGACCAAUCUCACUCCGUACAUCCACCCAACAGCAAGAAACAUUCUAUCUUCACCGUCCACACGCUCUACUCUCGCUAUACUCGCUGGGUUAUAUCUCGUUCGAAAAGUCAACAAUGGUCUAUCUUAUGGCGUCCUGAACAACUGGCAAUCAGCCAAACCAUGGAAAGCAGAAAAUGAACUCGCCAUCGUCACAGGAGGAAGUAGUGGAAUCGGGAAUAACCUCGCUUUCGACCUAACCCGACAAGGUGUCAAGGUUAUCGAGUUGGAUAUUCAGGAGCCGAAAGAUCUUCCACCAAACGCCCACUUUAUCAAAACAGACAUCACCAUCGCAGAAAGCAUCAAGGAUGCAGCAGAUAUAAUCAGGAAAGAACACGGCGAGCCGACAAUCCUCAUCAACAAUGCUGGCGUCUUUUACAACGGGACUAUCUUAGAUGAACCCGAGUCUUUGAUCAGAAGAACUCUGAAUGUGAAUACACUCGCGCACUUUCUCACCGCGAAAGAGUUCCUCCCGUCCAUGAUUGAGAAGAAUCACGGCCAUAUCGCAAUCGUCGCCAGUAUGGCUGGCCAUCUAUGUCUAGGGGAAAUGGUCGACUACGCCUCUGCCAAAGCCGGUGCUGUUGCGUUCUACGAAGGCAUCACUCAGGAACUGCGACUGUGGCAUAAAGCACCGAAGAUCAGAACGAGCCUCAUCCUCCCAAUGUGGGUGGACACUCCCCUCAUCACCAACCUCACAGCCGCAGGCGACAAAUUCAACCAACCAGUCCUGGAUACAAAGGUCGUCUCCGAAGCCAUCGUCAACCAGAUUGUCGCGCAGAAAAGCGGCCAGAUUAUUCUGCCCACAUACAGCACUGCGAUCAGUUACAUCCGCUCAUUCCCUGUCUGGCUUCAAGAAGUAGGACGGACUUUCGGGUCGGGGAUUAUCAAGAAUGUGCGUGAUGAGGUCUGGUCCAAGACUGCUUAGUAUAAUCAAUUUCGAUAUGUACAUAUCUAGGAUAUGAGAUGGUAAAUCUGAUAUGGCUGUAAUUUUUCUAUAUGCAUAGAGAUACUCCCAUUAUCGACAGAUAAUACUAGAUAGACAAUCUAAGUCCCUACUUCCAGCCCUCGAAUCGUAGCCUCAAGCGGAAAUAUCGACUUUUCCACCUCCAACCCAGCAUACACACGAUCAAACCUUCCCUUCAAAGCCGGAUGCUUCUCCCACUCAAACUCAGGGUCCCGAAGCCAAAGACGUAGAAGAUGGCGUUGCUUCUCUUCCGUAUCACUAAACGCCCCCCGCGCAUGAAAGAUGCUGAGAUUAUUCGCGUACUGGAUAUCGCCUUUGUGAAAGUCCAGCGCGACGGCGUAUUUCUCGGAGAGAAAGUGC